GAGUCACAAAGACGCGGCUACUGCUCACGACAUUUAUCUCUCAAGAGCAAACCACCUCACGGUCAUCAUAUGGAACGUGGAUCUCCCGGAAGCAGCAAAUCUGUGAGUACCUUUACACCUGAUUCAAUGUCGACGUAUGUGAGCAACUGUGUGGUUUGUGGUCGGCUAACUAGUUUAUUUAAUUACGGGGCACACUCAUGCAGUGCUUGUGGAUCGUUUUUGAGAAGAACCCUUGCAUCUUCCAAGUUUCUCGAUGAUUGUAAAUAUUCGGGAAACUGUUUUGAAAAUUUCAAAAGAGCUAUUCAUUUCGAAUGUAAAUUUUGCCGGCUACAUAAAUGUGUUCAGAAAGGAAUGCUUGACCUUUCAAGAUACACACAUCUGGAACGACUGAUUUGUGAAUUAUCGGAAUUCGAUUCAAAAAGGGAAACAUUGUUUUUAACUAUGACGGUGUCGAAUGGAUUCAAAGCUGAAGAGCUUAUGUGGCAAAGCUCUGUCAGCUUGGUCAAAAAACCACCACAUCUGGUUUUUAACAGCCAUGAUUGGGGUUUCAUGAAUCAAGUCACCAUAAUCGAUUUUUUGAAAAAAUUGGAGUUCUCCAAGUUCUUAUCCUCGCAAGAUUUAAGAUCAUUUCUCAAAUGCACUCAUUUUACACAAGUCAUAUUAAAGUCUGCUGUGAUAUCCUACAACGCGAACCAGAACUAUAUGUCAUUUCCUAACAAGAUCGACAUUUUUCCGGAAACUGUGACCGAAGGUACAUCUAUCAGUGUGAAUUUACAAAACCGGAUUCGUUGCCGGUUGGUCAAUAGGCUCAUUGAGUUGAAAGUCACUCAUGAGGAGAUGUUGCUGUUAUGUGCCAUUGCAUUUUCCAAUCCAGCAAUACCGGAGUUGUCUGAAAAUGGACGAACGCUCUUAAACUCCUAUCAAAACGUGUAUCGCUCCGCACUUUUCCAAUACUGCUCCACGGCUUAUCAGCGAAACGGACCAUCCCGAUUUAACGAUCUACUUUUCCUUCUUCAUGUUGUGACUAAAACGCAUGAUGAUAUCAAAAAAUAUUUCACAUUGUUUCAAUUUUUCCAACCGACUGAACAGCCCAGCCAAGUUCAUCAAGAUGUUAUUGAAUUUAUUAACUGA